AACCAGAUUGCGUGAAUCGAGAAAUAAUUUCUUUUACUUUUUUUCCUUCACAAAAUAUUGUAUUAGAAGAAGAGAGUGUUAAAAGGGCGAGUUUUAACCUUCGUGCGGCAUGAUGUCCCUGUUAAGAUGGCAUUGAGUUCCUUGGUCACCGUCGCGUAACACUUAGUUAUGGUUUUCUCAGCUAAAGAUUGAUAAGAACGUGGUCACCUCUUCGAUGAUGGAGGAACGGAAGAUGUUGUUGGGAGUGAUAUUGCUCGCGGGUUGGAUGUUUUGGUCCGAUGCCCUCGCCGGUGAGUAUGGCGAGUAUUAUGCCGGCUAUGAGGACUUUGAUCUUGUUCAUGAUAUUGGCGGUAUUGGUCCAUGCCAAGAAGGACUUUGGCAUCAUACAAAACUUGGUGAUGAAGUAUGCAUUAAAGAAUUGGGUUGUUUCAAAUUAGGUAAAGACUUUUAUCAUCCACAAUACCGACCAUGCAAUUUGUUACCAGAACCUCGUAGCUUAAUUUAUACACGUUUUGUGCUUUUUACAAGGAACAAUGUACACCAGGGCAAAUUUUUAAAUGCUGAUAAUCAAACAAGUAUUUCCGAAUCUGGAUUCAAUGCAAAUCACUCCACCAAAUUCAUUAUCCAUGGAUACCAAGAGAAUCCUUUACAUGAUCCAUGGGUUUUGAUCAUGAUGAAGGAGUUUCUGAAUGACAAUGAUACUAAUGUCGUAAUAGUAGAUUGGAGCAGAGGAAGUCAGCAACCCUACAUACAAGCAGUUGCCAAUGCAAGAGUUGUGGGUGCUGAAAUAGCAAGAAUGGUUAAUGCUUUAAAGCAUUUCGGUAACUUAACAACAUCGAUGCUUCAUUUAGUUGGCCAUGGUUUAGGUGCUCAUGUAGCUGGCUACGCGGGUCAAAGCAUUCUUCCUAUGGUUUCUCGAAUAACUGGAUUGGAUCCAGCAUACAAAUUUUUCUGCAAUAUGCCAGAUAAUGUUCGAUUAGAUAAAAGUGAUGCUGAUUUCGUGGAUGUUAUUCAUACAGAGUUAAAGGACUAUGAUUUAGGACACGGGGGAUGUCACAAAUUGGGACACGUGGACUUUUUUCCAAACGACCAAACCUUUGCUGUCCAACCCCAUUAUAAAGGUGGCCAUGAAGGGGCAUCUGCCCUUUUUAUAUCUACUAUUCGUAAUCGUACUUGUAAAAUGAUCGGUUAUUGGUGCAGAAAUUAUAAGGCUUUCCAGAGAGGGGAAUGUGGCAAUUGUGGCAACGAUAGCACCAGAUGCGCUCCAUUGGGGUAUAGAGCUGAUCAAUAUCGACCUUACAAGGAUUCUAAUUUUUCUUCUAUGUAUUUAAUUACUGGAUCAUAUCCUAAUUUCUGUAUUUAUGAAUAUCGAUUGAAAAUGACAUUAGAAAAUACUGAUCCUGGUUUAGAAAACCAUUCUAAAAGUGGAAACCUAUUAUUAUUACUACGAGGAGACAGAAAACCACUCUUUGUCCCACUCAGAUUUUACAGCAUGAAUAACGGUGAAGAAUAUACUUUUCUGAUAACCUCCCAUGUGAAUAUAGGGGAAAUAAAAAAUGUUACCAUAAGAUGGGAAGAAAAUGGCUCUUACGAUGAACGUUGGCAUCUCGGUGAGGCUGUUUGGCAUUUUAGAAGUACGAAUGUCAAUAUUGAAAGAAUAAACGUCACCCGACUAAAUUUUGAUCCUUCUACUGGGAGUCGAGGACCAGAUGAAAUGGAAUUUUGCAAAAGUAACGAAAGCAAUGAUCCUGGAUGGAUAUCCUAUCAACCAAAUUGUGUAAGAGAGCAGAGAUAAACAGAAAAAAGUGCCUGAAAUGUAAAAUGAUGUAACAUUGUAUAGUUCAAUAAAUAAAUGUAAAAACUAUAUUCGUUCGA